ACAUAAAUGUCAGUCAAGUCAAUCAAUUAGCAAAAUUUUAUUUUUUUCGGAUCAAAUCAAAAUUGGAAUUUUAAUUGAAUAGUUUAUUAAUUUACAAACAAAAAUGAGCAGAAUAAUUUCCAGAGAAGAAGUUAAAAAACAUCAUCGAUGUGAUAGCACCUGGAUUAUCAUCGCCAACAAGGUGUACGAUGUCACGUCUUUCUUAGAAGAGCACCCUGGAGGUGCAGACAGUUUGCUGGAAGUGGCUGGACAGGACGGCACCCGCCAGUUUGAAGAUGUCGGCCACAGCGAGGAUGCCAGGAAAUUAUUAAAGAAGUACUACAUCGGAGAUCUCCCAGUGUCUGAAGCAGGAGAAGGAAGCAGCUGCAACACAUGUACAAAGAAAGAAAUCAGCACGCGCCGCAGCCCAGCCGGCUCGCGCCCGCGUUCGCGCGGCUCAAGGUCACCUUCAGGCUCGUCCCAGCGGUCAGUCAAGCAGCACUCAUGCGUGAAGCCAGGCCUCGCGUCUCCCAGACGACCGAGGGCGGAAGAGCGCAGGGCAGUGGGACUGGACAGGGGGGUUGAGCCCUGUAUGCCGAGGUUGCCUAGCCCGAGGGUCAGCACUAUUGAUACGUGCCCGCCAAGGCACCGCGCAAUAUGUUGUCCGCGACCCGGAGCCGAUGAUAGUUGGUGGUGGGUGAAGUACGCUAUUGGAGGCGUGGUCAUCGCCAUAAUAGGAGGCCUGGUCUACCGCAAGCUGUCUUCACCCUCGCCCCCCGAGCCCCUCAUAGAGCCCGCCGCGCCCGCCGCGCCGGCCGCCACGUAGACCACCAGGCUGGGACUCGAUGCACGGAAGUAAAUGAAGAUGGUGUUUUAGCGACUCGCAUUUUUACAGAAGACUUCCUAAAGGAUAACGCGUUUUACCCCCAUAAAAAAAUGCAAGUGGCAACCUUAAUGGAAUGAUGUCUUAGGGCUCAUUAAAAAAUAACUAAAUCGUAGAUGACACAGGUACACGGUAGAUUAGUUCAUUCAAACUAACCUUUUUUUUAUAUCGGAACCGAUAAAAAUGCAGGUCGCUAAAAUGCCGCUGUCGUUUUGUUUCGUGAAAUGAGGGGCAGGCGUAGCAAUAAGAGAAUGAGCUCUGAACAAACACUGCGUAUGCAAGGGUUUUGCAGUGCCAUCGUAUCGCCGUCGAGAAGUCUAGCAUUUUGUUAAUAGAUAUACAUAUUUAACUCACAGAAAUUACGGUUUAACCUAUGUCUAUAAAAAUUUCUGUUCGUCAUUAAGUUCUCCUUUAAUAUAGGGGGCGCUGUUUAAAAUCCCUACUUACAUUAAUAUUUAUUCUCGAUGGCGAUACGAACCCGAUACUAAUCUGAUGCUCACGGCGCGUCGACAAUCACAAAUCUUAGUUCUAAAUAAACAGGGUGGAUUUUUAAACAUUGUAAACGUUGUGAAAAUUGCCCAUUCAUAACACUUACAAUGCUUGCCCUUUGAGAAUCCACCUAGUUUAAUCCACAGGCUCACAACUAUCAGCUCAAAAGGUUCCUGAGGUUGAUCAUUGAGUGACGGGUCUCAUUCAUUCAUAAUUUCACUCAUAAGUAGGUACCUAAAGAUGCAAAUGAAUGAAUGAAUCGCUCCCACACAG